GCUAAGUCCAUCUUCCGGCUUGGGCAGACGCUGCCGCGGAAUCCUUGACUCUAGUUUUCUGAGUCGGUGAGUGAGUGCAAAGUAGAUUCCUCAGGUGGAGGGUGCCUGAGGAAGAGGAGGAGGAGGAGGAGGACAGCUGGGCUCGGCCCCGGAGUGGCUAAUCUGGUGCUGCAACCAGUGGGCCGACAGGGCCUUGGCCCUUCGCAGGGUUGCCUCCAGAAUACCUGUGUGCUGAACCUGGCAUCCGGUUUCAGUUCAGCAGAUGUUCCCUGAGCUCCUCCUGCUCUGUGUGGGCCCCUGAGCUCGGUGCAGGAACACAGAUGCAUCAGGCACCAUCUCGCGGUGCUCAGAGAGAGCAGCUGACUCUCUCUGGUUGAAACGGGAGGUGGAGUCAUAUUAGUUUUACUUGAUUUGGGCUUAAAGGAGCCUAAUCACUAGCUGAAAAAAGGAACUGGAAACGCGAAUAUUGUGAUCAUGGCUGCUGAGUCUGAUGUUCUGCAUUUCCAGUUUGAACAGCAAGGAGAUGUGGUCUUGCAGAAAAUGAAUCUUUUGAGACAGCAGAAUUUAUUUUGUGAUGUAUCAAUUUACAUUAAUGACACUGAGUUCCAGGGGCACAAGGUGAUUUUGGCUGCUUGCUCCACUUUUAUGAGAGAUCAGUUUUUACUCACACAGUCAAAACAUGUCAGAAUCACCAUCUUACAGAGUGCAGAAGUUGGCAGAAAAUUGUUACUGUCUUGCUAUACUGGAGCACUUGAAGUUAAAAGGAAAGAGCUUUUGAAAUACUUGACUGCUGCCAGUUACCUUCAGAUGGUUCACAUUGUGGAAAAGUGCACAGAAGCUUUGUCAAAGUAUCUGGAAAUUGAUCUUUCUAUGAAAAACAACAACCAACACACUGACCUGUGUCAGUCUUCUGAUCCUGAUGUUAAGAAUGAAGAUGAAAAUUCUGAUAAAGACUGUGAGAUAAUUGAAAUUUCAGAAGAUAGUCCUGUAAACAUAGAUUUCCAUGUUAAAGAAGAGGAAAGCAAUGCUUUGCAGUCUACAGUAGAGAGUCUGACAUCAGAGAGAAAGGAAAUGAAGUCACCAGAGCUGUCUACAGUAGACAUAGGUUUUAAAGACAAUGAAAUUUGUAUCCUUCAUGUAGAAUCCAUCAGUACAGCUGGUGUCGAAAAUGGGCAGUUUUCACAGCCUUGUACCUCUUCAAAAGCAAGCAUGUAUUUCUCUGAAACACAGCAUUCAUUGAUCAAUUCUACAGUUGAGAGCAGAGUGGCUGAAGUUCCUGGGAAUCAAGAUCAGGGCUUAUUUUGUGAGAAUACUGAAGGAAGUUAUGGUACAGUGAGUGAGAUUCAGAAUCUGGAGGAAGGUUAUUCACUGAGGCACCAGUGCCCCAGGUGUCCUCGAGGCUUUCUUCAUGUUGAAAACUAUCUGCGCCACCUUAAAAUGCAUAAACUAUUCUUAUGCUUACAGUGCGGAAAAACAUUUACACAGAAGAAAAAUCUCAACCGACACAUUCGAGGACACAUGGGCAUACGGCCCUUUCAGUGUACUGUGUGCUUGAAGACAUUUACUGCCAAAAGCACACUUCAGGACCACUUGAACAUACACAGUGGGGAUCGGCCAUACAAAUGCCACUGUUGUGAUAUGGAUUUCAAGCACAAGUCUGCUCUCAAAAAGCACUUAACCUCUGUCCAUGGCAGAAGCAGUGGUGAAAAACUAUCUAGGCCUGAUCUCAAAAGGCAAAGUCUACUAUAAUUAUAAUCACAAGACUUGUUAUAUAAAGUUUGUAUUAUUCUAUUACGCAAGUCUUUCUGUAGAGAUGCAGCAUUUGUAAUAUUUCAUCCCCCCAAUCUUUGUUUCUUAUAUUUUGUCAGCUUACACAUAAUCAUUCUUUCUGAACUUCUAACAGUUCCAAAGUUAUGGGAGGCACAGUAAAGCUGAUGGGAUUCUGUCUCAUCUCAUACCUUACAUAUAAGUCUCAGUAGUAUCCCUAGAGAAAUAGUGUUCCUCUCUUAUAUAUUCUUGAUUCUAGUGACAAAGGAUCCAGCAGUAUUUGCAGAUUCUGAUUUGGAGUCUCUAGGUAAUUGAUUUAAGUAUAAAAUCCAAUCAUAUAAAAACUUUAAUGAAUUAGGAUAACAAGAAGAGAAAAUAAAGGUAAAAACACUAUUAUCUGUUUCUAGUCACUUUAGAACAGAUGGCACUAAAAAAAUUUUUUUUUAACUUUUUACCAGCUGUUCUUGGAUUCCAAACUAAACACCAAGAUACUUCUCAUUUUAAAAUGUAUAAAGUAACAAUUCAGAUUCACUUGGGAAUAGCAGAAUUUUUUUAUACAGGGUUAAUAAUCCUUAAAAUACUUUUAUUUCCAUGCCUUAUUAGUAUACAUACUUAAGAAAUGGUUCAUUGGGCCCAAGUUUCUUGAUUUUAUUUAAUACAAUCGGAUUUAAUAAUUUUGUGGCCGGUAAAAUUAUACCAUUGGCAUGAAGCUGUGAAAAAUGAGAAAUUCUACCUUUACCAGGGAUAUCUGUUCUACUGUUUUAAAAGUUCCUCUCUAUUUUAUUUUUUAUUUAACAUGAAGUAAAAUUGAAAUUUCUUCUUGGUGUAUAGUUCUGUGAAUUUUAACAGAAAGAUUUGUGCACCACUACUGCAGUCGCUACAGAACAGUUCCUUCACUCCCAAUAGCUCUCUCAUGCCGUCCCUUUGUAGUCAGCUCCUUCUAGCUCUAAUCCUGGCAACAGUUCUCCGUCACUAUUAUUUUGCCUUUUCUGGACUGUCAUAUAAACAGAAUCUUAUAGUACGUUCCCUCUUGAAAUGCUUUUUCACCCAGCAUAAUGACUUUGAGAUUCAUCCAUGUCAUUUUAAAUUUUGAAUUGGCAAUAUAUAUUCUAGCUGUUACUAGAUGAGCAAUUUAAAAAGGGGUAGCUAUUAGUGUUGUAUUUUUUCAUUUACAUUAAUGUAAUUUCCAUUCACUAUGUGUUGAUAAAAAUCUUAACCAUCCCUAGAGUUUUAUAUUUCCAAAAAUAUGCCAAAAGGAAAACCAUGACUGUAUGAUUAUUUUAGCGAGAGUCAUAUUUGAGAUGGUGUUCCGAGCCAUAGUUCUCUAACAUCUCCGUCUACAUAUAACACAAAACUUUUAAAAAUUAUUUUAACAAAGAUUAAAAUAUACUGCAGGGCAAAUAAUAUUCUCUAAAACACAGGAACUGCUUUUCGUAAGGAAGACUGACUAGAUGCAUCUUUCUUUGAAGCUGUUCUAGUCCUCCUCUAGUUAACUUAGCUUUAUGUAGAAUUUCUACUGUAUUUAAUUUCUAUUGAAGCCCUUCUGUAUUUUAAAAUGUAAUAUACUUUGUACCAUUUAUAAAAAUUGUGUGAUGAAUGAAUCACAUGUUCGUUGUUAUAAGUGUUAACCUUUUUUUGACAAUUUUGUGGGAAAGACAUUCUCCACUGAAUUUUAACUUUCCUUGAGACUUUCAAGAAUGCAGGUCUCGUUUGAUGAAAAAACCGACUUCAUAACCCAAUGUUACUAGUUAGCGACAUUGUGCUGAACUUCUCCUUGAACUUUUUAACUUUAUAUGUAAAAUAACUUUGAUCUUGAUCAUUUGAAAGAUCAUUUCCAGGUCUAAAAUUCCAUGAUUUUAUAUUUAAUUCUUCCUGAGAACAGAAGAGGGGAAAGCAAGAGAGGACGGUUUUGUGUCUUUAUGAACUUUGUUACUUAAGUACUCCAUUGGAGACAUAAUUUUUCUAAUUAGUGGAUCUUUUUCCACUGGAAAGUGUGAUAGCUCAUUGCUAACGUUUCAUUCAUAGCUCAUUGCUUCCAUUUGACCUAAGAUUGGCCAUUUGUUGGUGUGAAAAUAUUUUCUUUUCAGAAAUAGUUUACUAGUGAUUGAAGUACUUUUCUUAUUUUUGCUUCCUAUUAUAAAAUGGCGUGGGGGGAAGGGGGAAGGAUGGAGAUGGGAGGAGAGGGUAAAAGAAUAGUACUCUGAUUUUUUAGGAAUUAGUAUCUACUAUCUUGGAUAUUUGAAAAAAAAUUGGUUGAAACUAUGUUUAAGUUUUAUGUGUGCCUUGUAAGAUUGUUGUAAAAUUUUUUGUGAGCACUUUGAGAUUUUUGCUGGGGGAGGGGUGUUUUGUGAAAGUGAUGGUUAUUAUUUAUAUUAUUUAUUCCUGUUCAGUAGCACAGAAUGAUCUCCAAACAUUCCUAGGAGAGUGUCUGUUUGCAUGAUAUGUCUAAAAAUUUUCAGGAAAAUGGAAUCUUUUUUUAAAGUUCAGGUAUGACAAAGUAUAGAAUUUAUUCAUUUAACAUAUUCACAUUUAGUUUGUGUUUCUGAUAUGACAGAAAAUUGCAAAGUGUUUGAGUUCAGCCUCUUCAUUUACUCCAUUUACAUAUAAAAGAUCUUGAAAAGGUAGUCGUUACUUCGUUGUAAGAGAAAAACACUUGCCCUUUUUCCUGGGAUGUAACUAUCUUACAUGUUUACAUAAGAAAUAAUAAACUGGAGGUGGGAAUGGA